AUGGCUCAGAUCAUUUACGAUUGUUUGGGAAAAAAAUGGGCAAUAUCGUUCAUGAUACUAAUCGCAAUGUGCCAAUUUUUAAUGGGUGCAUCUAUUUUAACGGCCAUAUCUCGUCAAAUUUGGGCAUUUUCUAGGGAUAAUGGAUUACCGUUUUCUUCUUGGAUUAAAAAAGUUAAUGUGGAGUUAUCAGUUCCAAUUAGAGCUGUUUGUUUCGGAGGCGUUAUGGCUAUUUUGAUAGGCCUAUUAUGCUUGAUUGGACCUACGGCCGCGAAUGCGUUAUUUACCUUAUAUAUUGCUGGUAAUUAUGUCGCUUUGGGUACUCCAACAUUUUUGAGAUUGACUUUUGGAAGAAAUAAGUUUCAGCCAGGAAAAUUUUACUUAGGGGAUUUUUUUUCACCUCUUAUAGGUUGGUCUUCAACAGUAUUUAUUCUAUAUACUGUCGUGAUGGUGAUGCUUCCUUCAACCAAGUAUCCCGAUAAAGAAACAAUGAACUAUACUUGUAUCAUUACCCCUAGUAUUUGGAUUUUUUCAUUAGUUUAUUAUAAAACCUAUGCACAUAAGCAUUACCAUGUGCCACAGAAGACAGCGUUUGUUUCAGAUUGUGCAAGUGAAAAAGGUAUGGAUCGGAUUUAUAUAAUCUUGGAUGGAAUUGAUGUAGGUUCAGACAAGAAAUCUAGAACAUAUGAAAAAGUUUGA